ACUGCGUCUAUAUAUUCUCGGAGGUUGGCUUCGACCCAGUAGUAGUAACAGAGUGAGAGAGAGUGGAGCUUUUUCUAUUGUUCAGAGGAAAUCUUACAAUUCCUUCUUCCACAGUUGCAGUUCGAAAAUGGCUAACGAAAUUCGUUUUUUCGAGUUGAACACCGGAGCUAAAAUCCCUUCUGUAGGGUUAGGGACAUGGCAAUCAGAGCCUGGACUUGUCGGAGAAGCUGUAACUGCCGCCGUCAAGGCUGGCUACCGGCAUAUUGAUUGUGCUCAAGUUUAUGGAAAUGAGAAGGAGGUUGGCUCGGCACUGAAGAAGCUGUUUGCAGAUGGUAUAGUGACGCGUGAGGAUUUGUGGAUUACAUCCAAACUCUGGUGUUCAGAUCAUGCACCAGAAGAUGUACCUGCGGCAAUAAACCGAACUUUGCAAGAUUUGCAGCUUGACUACGUUGACCUUUACCUUAUCCACUGGCCAGUGAGCAUGAAGAGGGGAUCUGUUGGUUUUAAACCUGAAAACUUCACUAUACCUGAUAUUCCUAGUACAUGGAAGGCAAUGGAGGCAAUCUAUGAUUCUGGCAAGGCUCGUGCUAUUGGUGUAAGCAAUUUCUCUCCAAAGAAGUUGGGGGAUUUGCUAGAGGUUGCUCGUGUCCCUCCUGCCGUCAACCAGGUGGAAUGCCACCCUGUUUGGCAACAGACCAAGCUACGUGCAUUUUGUAAAGCCAAGGGAAUUCACCUAUCUGGGUAUUCACCAUUGGGUUCCCCAGGUACGAGUUCUAUAAAGACAAGUGUCCUUAAGCAUCCUGUUAUAGAAAUGGUUGCCGAGAAAUUGGGCAAGACUCCUGCACAGGUUGCUCUCCGUUGGGGAAUCGAAAUGGGUAACAGUGUGCUUCCUAAGAGUGUAGGCGAGAAGAGGAUCAAGGAAAACUUUGAUGUCUUUGACUGGUCUUUACCUGAGGAAUUGGUUGCAAAAUUUGCUGAAAUUGAACAGGCAAGACUGAUUAGAGGUUCAGGUUUUGUGCACGAGACUUAUGGCGCUUACAGAAAUGCCGAAGAACUCUGGGAUGGUGAUAUCUAAGCUCACAUCCUAUCGAAAUUGGAUGGAAUUUGGCUCACUUUCUUACUUGAAUGAGGCCUAGUUGUCGCUUGAAUUUGUGUGUUACAGGAUUUGCUCAGUUUCCUCAUGUUCAGUAGGAAAAGGUGAUUGGGAGACAAGUAGACAACUGAGGUUUUA